CGAGAGCUUCAGUGAAGGUUCAGUCAGGAAACUCUCUGCUUCUUCUUCACUCACUGAGUCUUUGGGUCAAUUCCCUGACAGUUUCCAUCACAGUUUGAGAGAAGAACUCGUGUUAAAUGUGCAGUGACUUUCCCACACGUGUGAACAUUGGUCCGGUGUGUUUCUAUCGGUCGCUCAGUCUGAGGUGUGACUCCAGUCCAGACGGGUUCUGCAGACGGAGGACGUGGACGAGGACGUGGACGAGGACGUGGAGAUGGAGGCUCCGGUGUUGUUCUGUGAGGAGGACCUGCUCUGUCCCCAGUGCGGUGGCGUUUACAGUUACCCCGUCCUCCUCAAGUGUGGCCACAACGUCUGCCGUGUUUGUCUGCACAAGUUCUGGGAGCUGAAAGGAUCUCGGGAAUGUCCGGUGUGUGGAGCUCUGUCGGCGCCGGGGAGGCCGCCCAUAAACCUGCAGCUCAAAAUAGCAGCAGAACAACACCAGACACAGAAGGACGCUCCGGGGGCUGAACCGCAACCCCAACAGAGCUCUGCAGUGUCUGCUGGACCCAAACCAAACCCUGAAGGGAGCGCCGCAUCAGCACAGACUCCUGAGGUGGUCCCUGAGGUGGUCCCUGAGGUGGUCCCUGAGGUGGUCCCUGAGGUGGUCCCUGAGGUGGUCCCUGAGGUGGUCCCUGAGGUGGCCCUGUGCUCGAGGCACCAGCAGAAGCUCCAGAUCUUCUGUGAAAAUGACCUGGAGCUGCUCUGCCUCGUGUGUCAAACCUCCAAAAACCACAAAAUCCACCAGUGCUGCCCCCUGGAGGAGGCGGCCGAGCAGAAGAAGAAAGAAAUUGGGGCAAAGCUGGAAAACCUGAGGAAGAAACUGAAACAGUUGAAGAACAGACGAGAAGAAUGGAAGGAAACCAGGAGCUACAUCCAGGUCCAGCGCGCGCAGACCGAGGCGACCAUCAGGGAGGAGUUUGAGAAGAUGCACAGGUUCCUUCAGGUGGAGGAGGAGACACGACUCGCUCAGCUCAGGCAGGAGGGCGACGUGAAGAGUCGAGUCAUGAGCGAGAAGAUCCAAGAAAUCCAGAACCAGAUCCAAACCGUGUCGGCCCUCGUCAACGAGACCGAGGCCACGCUGACCCAGAAGGACCUGAUGUUCCUCCAGGUAAGACACCCAGACCUGAAGGACCUGAUGUUCCUCCAGGUAAGACACCCAGACCUGAAGGACCUGAUGUUCCUCCAGGUAAGACACCCAGACCUGAAGGACCUGAUGUUCCUCCAGGUCACACGAGACCUGAAGGACCUGCACGUCCCUGGACCUCAGGUUUUAUCCUGA